AUGGAUUCAAAGAAGCUUUAUUUGGCUGUAAUUCUCAUACAGUCCAUAUAUGCUGGCCUGUUCUUGCUCUCCAAGGCUGCAUUUGAUGUUGGUAUGAACACUUUCAUCUUCGUCUUCUACAGACAGGCUGCUGCAACUCUUUUCUUAGCUCCCCUCGCCAUCUUCUUCGAAUGGAAAACUGCACCACCGCUCUCAUUCAGAACCUUCUGCAAGAUUUUUAUGCUCUCUCUUUGUGGGAUCACUAUGUCAUUGAAUAUUUAUGGAGUUGGUCUUAUAUAUACAUCUGCAACACUGGCUGCUGCAACUACAAACUGCCUUCCUGUCAUUACUUUUUUCCUUGCAGUUUUGUUCAGGUUGGAAAUGGUGAAAUUGAGGACAAUUCCUGGGCUUGUUAAGAUUGCAGGCAUAAUAAUCUGCAUGUUGGGAGCAGCCACCAUUGCUUUCUAUAGAGGUCCCUACUUGAAACUAAUGCUGCAUCAUCACCUCUUUAGACACCACACCCAACAACAUCAAGUUUUUGUUCCUUCUAGCAAAACUUGGGCAAAGGGUGUCUUCCUGAUGCUCCUUUCCAAUACCUGUUGGGGUUUGUGGCUUGUAUUACAGGGUCGAGUUCUAAAAAUCUAUCCUUCGAAACUUCUCUUAACAACUCUGCAGUGCUUUUUAAGCACCAUUCAGUCAUUUAUCAUUGCCAUUUCAUUGGAAAGAGACCCUUAUGAAUGGAAGCUUGGCUGGAACGUUAGACUCCUCUCCGUAGCCUACUGUGGAGUUGUGGUGACUGGUGUUACAUUCUACUUACAAGCAUGGGUGAUUGAGAAGAAGGGACCGGUGUUCCUAGCCAUGUCCAUGCCCUUGACCUUGAUUUUCACCAUCAUCUCUUCCGCUUUACUCUUGGGAGAAAUAAUUAGUUUAGGAAGUGUUUUUGGAGGAAUUUUGUUGGUGGGAGGGCUAUAUUGUGUACUGUGGGGCAAGAGUAAAGAACAGAAGAUGGAUGAUGCUAUUUGUUCAAGAAUUGAGGCUGAGAAAGAAUUUUCAGUGCCCAAAAAGUCAGUAGAAAGCCAGAAUCCAUUACCAUUACCUGUGUGA